UUGCGUGCUGCCGAGCGCUCACCGUCUGCCCAUUGGCCAGCAGCUGUGUCGUUAAGGGUGGAGGCCGUCGCUGUCGCCAGCGCUGCACUUCUCCUGCACAGUUACAUCUUGAAUCGAAGACAGGGAUGAAAAAUAAGUGAACGGAGGAGGAGCAUUCGGACCGAUCGAGGUGGUAGAAUUAUUGCACAAAACUAUGGAAAUCUCCCCGUCAAAUUAUUAAACGGCACCGGAUUCUUAUCUUCUGUUGCACUCCACAGGAUGCCACACAGGCGAUGGCAAAGAAAGCAAAGGCCAGGACUGGAUUUUUGUGGAAUUAUCUGAUAUUUACGUGAGAUAAUCGCAUGACUAUCAGUUCAAAUACGGUAUUGAUAGUGGGGGGAAAAACAACGUCGCAGCUAAAUUUUGCUGAGUUAUGUGCAAUCAGCUUGUAGCUUGUUAAAAUUAAUAUGGGGGUAGCGUGCGAAAGGGGGUUUCUCAGAAAUCUAUAGGACUGGAGAAUUGUUACAUCGCGUUUGGGGUAGUAUUGACUAUGCUAAAGGGAUACAGUGAACAUAACCCAAGGUUUUUUGAAGGAACUAUCGUAGGCUGCUGAGUUACAAUAAAACGCGCAAGAAGGCUAGAAGCGCGACGUUCUUCGCAGUUUGAGAGGGUCAGUUAGCGAAACGCCGUUUUGAUACGAGACCGGUGCGAAACGAAUUGUGGUAUUUGUUUGUUCAUUUUCUCAUAUUCUGAGAGUGAUUUUUGUCAGCAAUGGCGGGUCCCGAGCAGAAUCAUCAGCAAGUCGACGAAAGAGAUGAUCGGUUAGAUGAUGCGGAGCUGGCUCUCCAGGGUAUUAAUAUGCUUCUCAACAACGGCUUCAGAGAGAGCGACGAGCUCUUCAAAAGAUACAGGAACCACAGCCCUCUGAUGAGCUUUGGAGCCAGUUUUGUCAGUUUCCUGAACGCCAUGAUGACGUUUGAAGAGGAGAAGAUGCAGACGGCCUGUGAGGACCUGCGGGCUACGGAGAAGCUGUGUGAGAGUGACAACGUCGGGGUCAACACUGGGGUCAUCGAGACUAUCAAGAACAAGAUCAAGAGGAGUAUGGACCCGCAGAGGUCGGAGGCGGUGGUGGUGGAUCGGCUACAGAGGCAGAUCAUCGUGGCUGACUGCCAGGUCUACCUCGCUGUGCUCUCCUUCGUCAAACAGGAACUCUCAGCAUACAUCAAAGGGGGCUGGAUCCUCCGCAGGGCCUGGAAGAUGUACAACAAGUGCUACAGCGACAUCAGCCUGCUGCAGGAGGCGUGUCAGAGGAGGCGGUCCCAGGAGGCCCCGCCCUCGGACCAGGCCAAUGACAACGCGCCGCCACUGCGGGGUGUGGCCACGGCCGAGGCACUGGGCCGGCUCAAGGGCUCAGUCAGCUUCGGCUACGGCCUCUUCCACCUGUGCAUCUCCAUGGUGCCGCCGCACCUGCUGAAGAUCGUCAACCUGCUGGGUUUCCCCGGCAACCGGCACCAGGGGCUGGCUUCUCUCGCGUACGCGAGUGAAAGUAAGGACAUGAAGGCCCCUCUUGCUACAUUGGCUCUGCUGUGGUACCACACAGUGGUGCAGCCCUUCUUUGCGCUGGACGGCUCGGACACUCAGACGGGCCUGCUGGAGGCCAAGGCCAUCCUCCGGCAGAAGGCGGCGGUUUACCCGAACUCCUCCCUCUUCAUGUUCUUCAGAGGCAGGGUCCAGAGGCUGGAGUGUCAGAUAAACAGUGCCUUGGCUUCUUUCAAUGAUGCACUAGAGCUGGCUACAGACCAAAGGGAAAUCCAGCACGUGUGCCUGUAUGAAAUCGGGUGGUGCAGCAUGAUCGAGAUGAACUUCAGCGACGCGUACAAGUCCUUCGAGCGGCUGAAGAACGAGUCACGCUGGUCCCAGUGCUAUUACGCCUAUCUGACUGGAGUGUGUCAGGGAGCUGCAGGUGAUCUGGAAGGAGCGACCAGUGUCUUCAAGGACGUCCAGAAACUGUUUAAAAGGAAGAACAAUCAGAUUGAACAGUUCUCCUUGAGGAGGGCAGAGAAGUUGAGGAAGAUGAGCCCUUCCAGAGAGCUGUGUGUCUUGGCAGCCAUUGAGGUUCUGUACCUGUGGAAAGCCCUGUCCAACUGUUCCACCUCCAAACUGCAGCUCAUGAGUCAAGUCCUAAAAUCAGUGGACGACACGUCAUGCGCGGGUUUGAAAAACCUGCUUCUCGGCGCCAUUCAUAAAUGCCUCGGAAACACAAAAGACGCCAUUCAGUCUUUCCAGCUGGCUGCCAGGGACGAGGUGGGCCGGCAGAACAACUCCUACAUCCAGCCGUACUCCUGCUACGAGCUGGGCUGCAUCCUGCUGGACAAGCCAGAGGCUGUGGGACGAGGCCGAGCAUUGCUACUCCAGGCCAAGGAGGAUUACGCCGGCUACGACUUUGAGAACAGACUGCACGUGCGCAUACACUCGGCCCUCGCCUCCAUCAGAGAGGUGGUCCCUCAGUGACCCCGCCCCUCACUCCUCUUUGCACCGCCCCCUGCCAGCUCUGCAGUUUGAGGGCUUUUUUUCCAUAGGAUAUCCACAGCAGAAUCAUGAAUAAUGCAGCAGCUGCGUAUCCUGUUUGCCAGUCAGUAGGCUCAAGUCAGAAGUUGUGUUGCAUUUCAAGUGACAGAGAGCACCUUUUUUGCGUAUCCUUUCCCUGGAUACCAAGGGAUACAUUAGGAAUGGUAGUAAUGUAGAACUUGACUACUCUAAUUGACCAGAGCAAAGGCACAGCUCCACGUGGGGACAAAAAAGUGUGUAAGUUAUUUUGUACAUGCGUUUCCAGAUAUGUUUGCUAUUGAAUCAGCUUGUAUUUUCUGUGAUAAAAAUGAAC